GUAGACAGUUCGGCCAACUCCGUAAGAAAGAAAAAAAUAGAAAGAAAGAAAAACACAAGGGAGGAAAAAAAACUAAUUACAUUUCUUCAAACUGGGGCUUUCGGAAAGACUUCACAAACUAUCCCAAUCUAAGGAAAUCCCCCGCGAGAGAAGACAAAGUCUUCGGAUCUGGGGUGAUGGAGGAUUCCCAUUUUAACUCAUACUUCUGGUCUCCUGUGCAGGGACAGAUUGAGAAUGCUGUAUUUCUCAAUAACGUCAAGGAGCAGCUUGGUCAUGAUAAAAGCCCCAUCUACUCAUAUGGCCCUGCCCACUAUCCAGCCACAGCAGUGGUGGCCGUUGCCGGGGGUGCCAUGGAUACCACAGCAGGGAGACAGACACUGAAACAGGAACAGGCACAAGCGUCCCAGGCCUCACACAGUAUCACAGUGGUGCCGAUGCAAUCUACGGGCAUCAUGACAGCAGCGGGUUUGGUCACCCUGGUGUCUCCAGUGUCCUCUGCCCAGUCCCAUCCGUCCACCACCAUGAUAACAGUCCAUACAGACAAGAAUAAAGAAUCAGUGCCAUGCUCACCGGUUAUCAUACCAUUACCUUCAAAAAGGGGAAGAAAGAAGAAAUCAACGCUCCCGUUUGUUGGCUCACCUACUGGGAUAGAUCCCUUGAUUUUGGGUUUUGCAGAACAGCAUCAUUCUGCCAACCCCUUCAGUCUCUCCCCAGAAGAAGUACAUACUGGGAAAGACGGUGGAAAAACAUACAGAAACCACACAGAAUCUAAAGCUUAUAAGUGUCCUCAUUGCACAAAAUCAUUUUCCAACACAAGUUAUCUGGCUCAGCAUGUACGAAUACACACAGGAGUGAAGCCUUACACUUGUAAUUUCUGCCAAAAGACCUUCCGACAACUCAGCCACUUACAGCAACACCACAGGAUCCACACAGGAGACAGGCCAUACAAAUGUACACAACCAGGUUGCGAGAAGUCUUUCACUCAGCUCUCUAACCUGCGGUCUCAUCGGCGUCAGCACAACAAGGACAAGCCAUAUAAGUGUCAACAUUGUAACCGUGGUUAUGUAGACGCAUCCAGCCUGGAAGUACAUCUGUCUACUCACACAGUCAAGCACGCUAAGAUGUACUCCUGUGGUAUAUGCAACCAUACUUAUACAUCGGAGAUGUAUCUGAUGAAACACAUGCGUAAACAUGCGGUUCUAGCUCCACCCGGGUCAAAUAGCCCCGGCCAUGCUGGAGGAGGAGGCUCAGCGGGAGACAGGGCUGAGAGGAGCAACACCUUCACCCAGCAGGCUGUUGUGCCAUGUAUAUUUGACCGGAACCAUUAUAAACCAGUAACUUCUGCAGAUGUACAGUAUAAAACUGUCAAUGUAUCAGACAUCUCCCCUCACAAAGACCUCUGCAUUACUUGGGAGGCAUCUGCCAUUCAGGUGGAACGCCUGAACUCAUGAGAAAUCCCAUAGAGCAAGGGACAAAACUUUAAAACUGAAAAACUUGUGAAAUAGACGAGAGUUGUGGAUACAUUGGGGACAUUUUCUUACUCUAUGCCUUCCUAUUUGUAUGAAGGAGGAAGUAUGACUGUGGAUUUAAAUGGACAAAGGUGAAGGAAUCGCUAAGGUGAAACUUUUAUAUAUUUUUUUUUCUUUCCCAUUUUUUUUUUAAAUGUACUUCUGGAAUACUGAUCUUCCUUGCAAAUACUUCAUUUUUAAACUGUGGCUUUUUCAUUCAAUGCACAGUUCAUAUAUCUGAAGUCUGUUACAGCGUAUAGUUCAAUUUCUGGUUUAUCCUGUUUUUAUGAUCAUCUGCAUCUGUAGGGGUUUGUAUGGUCACUGCACCUUCAACAUCAUUAUUGUUAUUGUCAAUAUGAAUGGAAAUAUUCUGUGUCUUGCAGAGUAUGUGUAGAAUUGUUGGUCCUUUUCCAUUUUAAAAGAGAGGUUUUUUGCAGAAAUGUAUGUAAAACAGAAAAGGGCAUACAGGAUAUAUGAUUAUCAAGUGUAUCUUGUGUGAACGAGUAAAGCAUAUCAGUAAAUAAGACAAAAAAUUGGUGUCAAAUAAUGCUGUGGCAAAUAUCUUAUGACUCCUAUGAGAUUAUGUGUUAACGAUGAAUUAUCUUGUUUAGAAUUCAUAUCUGCAAAUUACAUGUAUUAUUCUUUUAUUACAACAUUGUCACUAUUAUACUAUCACAAUAACAACUGUUAAAAUGCACCCCAAACCUCUAAAUUAGCAUGGAUUAAGCAUUUUAGAAUACAAUAUUAAAGAAAAUACAAUAUUAAGAGUUCACCAUCUAAAUUUACUCAGACUGUAAAUAAUCAUCAACAGUUGUCUGCUUGGUCAGAUAUAGUAAU